AUGAAUCCAUUAACAUUGGUAAAGCGAAUUCAGAACAUAAACAAACAAGAAUCGAGUUUCGGAAUCUCCGAAGAUGCGUCAUGGCAUGCUAACUACAAAGAUUCGGCUUAUAUCUACGUCGGCCGCAUCCCGUCCGAGUUCACCGAAGGCGAUCUGGCUGCGAUCUUUGCUCAAUUCGGGGAAAUCGUCGACGUCAACUUAGUCAGAUACAAACGUACCGGAAAAUCCAAAUGCUUUGCGUUUGUCGCGUACGAGGAUCAAAGGAGCACUAUUCUCGCCGUAGACAAUCUAAACGGAGCUCAAAUUUCCGGCCGUACGAUUAGGGUCGAUCACGUUACCGAUUACAAGAAACUAGAGGAAGAGAAAGACUAG